GUAGCGAACACAACAUUUAUCAAAAAUGUCAAGAUACCAAAUCAAUCACCCUCUGAAUUAGAGGGGCAUCUAGUGCGGCUAAAAGGUGCCCUCACAAAUUCAUCACCGCAUGGUUAUUCUGAUAAUGAUCUAGCAACGUUGUCUUCGACCUGUCAUGACAGGAGGCGAAGCUUCCUCUCGUUGGGGCCCUAGCGAUGCCGUAAUGGAAGCUGCAGUGCAUCACUAAUCUUUAACAUCUUCCCUGCUUUUUGUGCUUUUCCAAAUGCAAUCAACCAGCUAGUUGCGCAACCGAAGCGGUAGAUGCUUCUUCUGCGAGUCGAUUGAAUGGAGCUCAUUAGGGACCAGCACUGCUGUACCGUGAAGACAGACAGGUUUCGACACCCUGACAAGCCCCAAUUAUCCGCUGUCCAUGCACAUUUCACAGAUGCCUCUCGCCUCGUGACGCCACUAAACUCCAUGUCUAAUCCCAAUCCUUCCGCCUGCAUAAAGCAGAAAACAAAGAGCAAAGAGCAAAGAGCAAAGAGCAAAGCUGCUAGAAGUGACUUUCCCCUGUUCCAAAGUCGCUGGUAUCUCAAUUAAAGGGCAUCAAUUCACCUCAAUUCCUAGCCCAGUAGUCUGGUUCUUGGCUUGGGAAGAGGUUAAUUUUCAAGAUUUGGGGGUUAGGAGGUAUUAAUAGACGAGAAGCAGAGGAGGCAGGAGGAGGGAGAGACAUGGCACGGAGGCAGCAGGAGAGUCAACGAGGUCGAGCACAGCGCUUGGCGCUGUAUCUGCUCGCGAUCUGGUCUUCUGUGGCGGUGGCGCACGGCGUGCGUCCAUCGGAGCACGGCCUCGCAAACCAGAAGGACCCAGGGCCAGCGUCGCCCCCCAUGGUCGCCUUCUUCCACGCCCGGCCGGUGGCAGCGCUCCCGGAGGCGCAGAACGUGGCGUGGACGCUGGUGCCGCCGGGCCCGCAAGGGCGGCGCCGCCCUCGGUCGGGACUUCUCGCCGCCGGCGUGGCUUGCGGCGCCGUCGGCGCUGGCCUCCUUGCCUUGGCGGCGGCUGCGUACGUCGUCCACACCCGCCGGCACGGGUCGGGUACUGGGUCCGCUUGGUCGAUGGGCUCACCCCGCCGGAGAAGCGGCCCGGAGGUUCGGCUGGGAACUCCGUAGACGCAGUGUGCUUUGACUUACCUGUAGCUACGUAAUUCUACUUAAGAAUCGUACAUUGAUGAGCUGAAAUCAUGAAAAACGUCUGGCCAAUCUUGAACUCAGUCAUGCUUUCCUAA